AUGUGGAAUGACGAGGACAAUAACCCGUACGGCACGAGUUUCGAGCGCCGCGAUUCAAGCUCCUCUGCGGCCAACCCCAGCUCUCCAGGCUCCCAACAUGGCUUCGGUGGGCCGCGCACUCCUGAUAGCAACAGCCCCAUCCACGAUUCAGAUGUACCUCGCAGACAUCAGUACGAUACCAGCGAUGCCGGAAGUGAUGAUGACUAUGGAGGGUCUGCGCAUGAAGCUCCAAAGCGCAAAAAGGGUGGUUAUGACAGCCGGAUAGAGCAGAUCCUCUACGAGAAUCCCGACCUUCCAAUUCUCAUUGUGGAUGCUGGCAAGAGUGCGGAAAGCGGUGGGAAGUACAUUGUGUACACUAUCCGGACCGGGGACCUCGAAGUGAGAAGAAGAUAUUCCGAGUUUGCAUCCCUCCGAGACGCCCUCACCCGACUACACCCUACCCUGAUCAUGCCUCCGAUUCCCGAGAAGCAUACUAUGGCAGACUACGCCGCAAACCCGACCAAGGCGAAGCAAGAUCAGCAAAUAAUUGACUUACGGAAGCGUAUGCUGGCGGUGUUCUUGAACAGAUGUAGGUGCAUGGAUGAGGUCCGGAACGACGGGGUUUGGUGGAGGUUCCUGGAUCCAAAUUCAAGCUGGAACGAGGUGCUACAUUCCCAUCCCAUUGCAUCCAUCCCCAAGUCCAACAUGAAAGCUCCACCACUCGACCCCGCCAACCCCUCCCCCGCUCAUCAAUUCCUUCCCAUCCCAGCAGCGUCUGCAAAACUGAGAGCAGCCUCUUCUUCUUCGACCAAUGCCCAAGGUAUGCUGAACCAGCCGACAGAGUACGCUGCGAGCCCGUCAGCUGCGGCCCAUACUGUCCCUGGCACCCAAAUAUUCUCCCGUUUCCCGCCCGACUGCCAACACCUCAGCGAGCAACAACUCGACCCAUACUUUAUUCAUUUUGAGGCUUCUAUAAAGGAGCUCGAAACAAUUCUUACAGGGCCCAUCGAGCGAGUGAACAGACGAACUCUACAACAUCUCUCAUCCCUGGCCUCAGACUUGGCAGAGCUUGGUGCCAGAUUUAAUGGAUUCUCGCUCUCAGAAUCAUCGCCGUCUCUGGCAGCCGCUAUUGAAAGAGUGGGCCAGGCAGUUGAUUCAUCUUAUUUGGCAACAGAGGAGCUUUCCGGUUCUUUGGGGGCUAGCUUUGCCGAGCCGAUGAGGGAAAGUGCACAGUUCGCCGGUGUUGUUCGGACAGUUCUGCGCUACCGGGUACUGAAACGUGUGCAGCAAGAAAUGACGAACGAUGAACUGGCGAAGAAGAGAGCACUACUGGAAUCAUUGGAGCGAAGUGAGACGGAAGCCAAGAGAAUCGAGCAGUAUUUGAGCAGCAGCGGUACGGCAAAUAUACCACGUAGGUCGAAUUCGUCUGCGAGAAACAGGGAUCCGCUAAGUACAAGGCGAGAAAACAAUCAAGAAGAUACCGCAUCUAUAGAUUCCGACUUUCCUCCCACCCAUGGUGAUGGCCACAGUCCGCCGUCAGCAACCCAAGGCGCGCCCGAAGAGCACACUGCUCCUACACAUCGAAAGAGCUCCAGUGGCAAUUUUAUCACCAACAAGAUAUUUGGCCGCAUCAGCCAUGCCGUGCAUGGAGUCGUCGAUGUCGAUCCCGAACGCACGAGAAGAGAUCAGAUUGGGAAGACGAGGGAGUCGAUUGAGCAUUUGAUACAAGCACAGAAAGCUUCGGAGCAGGAUGUCCGUAAUGCCAGUGCGGGUAUCUUGAAAGACCUGAAGCGAUUCCAGGCGGAGAAGGAGGAUGACUUGAGGCGGUACAUGCUUGCGUACGCCAAUAGUCAGAUCGAGUGGGCGAAGAAGAACAAGGAGACAUGGGAAGAAGCUAAGGCAGAGAUCAACAAGAUAGAUGAGAGCUGA